GGCCUCCUGCCAUAUUUAUCAUGCCGGGCAAGAUGGCGGCUACGCGGACGAUAUGUUCCUACCAGUGAACACAUAAAAGGCGAUUUAUUAAUUAUAUACAAACGAAACGGAUUCCUUUACACGUUUGUCUGGAUUGCGUGUGUACUCUUCCUUUGGCUAGUGUCGAAGUCGUUUUUGUUUUUUCAAAUUUUCGACGUUUUUUUUCCUCACAAAAUGUUCCCGUUGUGAGUCGCUCGCUAACCGAGGCUAACAGAGCAGUUAGGAGCUAGUUAGCUCUCUAUCAGAGUGUAGAAUGGGGGAAAAGCUGGAGCUCAAGCUCAAAUCGCCGGUUGGAGCGGAACCCGCGGGUUAUCCCUGGCCGUUACCAGUAUACGAUAAACACCAUGAUGCUGCUCAUGAAAUCAUCGAGACCAUUCGGUGGGUGUGUGAGGAAAUCCCUGACCUCAAACUGGCCAUGGAAAAUUAUGUGCUCAUCGAUUAUGAUACAAAGAGCUUUGAGAGUAUGCAGAGACUUUGUGACAAGUACAACAGGGCUAUUGACAGCAUCCACCAGCUGUGGAAGGGGACCACCCAGCCCAUGAAGCUAAACAAACGUCCCUCCAAUGGGCUGCUGAGACAUAUCCUACAGCAGGUGUACAACCACUCAGUGACUGACCCCGAGAAGCUGAACAACUAUGAACCCUUCUCCCCUGAGGUUUAUGGGGAGACCUCAUUCGACCUCGUGGCUCAGAUCAUUGACGAGAUGGAAAUGAUGGAAGAAGACACAUUUGUUGACCUUGGCAGUGGAGUAGGGCAGGUGGUACUGCAGGUUGCAGCAGCAACAAACUGUAAACACUACUAUGGUGUAGAGAAAGCAGACAUUCCAUCCACUUAUGCAGAGACCAUGGAUAAAGAGUUUAAAAAGUGGAUGAGAUGGUACGGGAAGAAACACGGGGAGUACACACUGGAGAAAGGGGACUUUCUGUCUGAAGAGUGGAAAGAAAGGAUAGCCAACACAAGUAUUAUUUUUGUGAAUAACUUUGCCUUUGGUCCAGAAGUAGAUCACCAGCUGAAGGAGCGCUUUGCUAACAUGAAGGAAGGAGGCAAAAUUGUGUCCUCCAAACCUUUUGCACCUUUAAAUUUUCGAAUCAACAGUCGAAACUUGAGCGAUAUUGGCACGAUAAUGCGCGUGGUGGAACUGUCUCCAUUGAGGGGCUCGGUAUCAUGGACUGGAAAGCCUGUUUCCUACUAUCUUCAUACCAUAGACCGCACCAUACUUGAAAACUAUUUUGCCAGUCUAAAAAAUCCUAAACUCAGGGAGGAGCAAGAGGCAGCUAGACGUCGUCAACAAAAGGACACAAAGGACAGCAAAAGCAAUAACACCACCCCUACCAAAACCAAGGAGCAAAACAAGCAGCAGGACUCUUGUGGUGAGGAAGAGCGUCCUAGCUUGGUGACCGUGGUCAAAGCCACUCCUAAGCCCAGGAGAAACCGGCUGUUAGCCAAAGGUCGCAAGCUAAACAAUAAGAAACGUGGUCGACCCAAGAAAGCCACCCCUGCUGUGGAGAAGAAUAAGAAAAAUCAGAGCGCAUUAGAUCUGCUGCAUGCAAAGACCCUUUCUGCAGCGCCACCUCAGGAUGCAUAUCGGUCGCCUCAGAGCCCCUUUUACCAGCUACCUCCUAAGGUCCAGCACUAUAAUCCCAGUCAGCUGCUGCUGAGCCCAACUCCUCCGGGUCUGCAACAACUACUUGAUAACAUCAAAGUCCAGUACCUCCAGUUUAUGGCUCACAUGAAGACCCCUCAGUACCGCUCCAAUAUACAGCAGCUUCUAGAGCAGGAGAAGAAUAAACACAGGGAUUUAUCAGGACAGGCGGAGCAGCUUCAUUUGGUCUGUCAGUCUCACAAGGACAAGAUUAAACAACUCUUUCAAACCAAACUGGACGAGCUUGGAGUUAAAGCCCUGACAGUGGAGGACCUCAUCCAGGCUCAGAAGGAGAUAUCAGCCCACAACCGUCAGCUGAAGGAGCAGACUAAGCAGCUGGAGAGAGACAUGGCUUUACUGAGGGACCACAGCCUGCUUCUGCUGAAGUCCCGAUGUGAGGAGCUGAAAUUGGAUUGGGGAUCUUUGUGCUUGGAGAGUUUGUUAAAGGAGAAGCAGGCUCUGCGCCGGCAGAUUUCUGAGAAACAGAAGCACUGCUUGGAGUUGCAGAUCAGCAUUGUGGAGCUGGAAAAAAGUCAGAGGCAACAGGAACUGCUUCAGCUCAAAUCCUACAGCUCUCGUGAUAGCUCCCCCUAUAGGAAGAGUCUGGAGCCGCGCAGUUCUGCAGAUAUGGACUCAUCCAAGCUCAGCAUGUCCUCGGCCCCAGCACUAAAUGGCAUUAGCCCAGAGCUCUCAGUCAAUGGGACCAGCUCGCCAUGUUUUGACCGGGUUAACACAAAAGUGGAACUUUCUCGCUACCUUCCCAUUUCUCCAGACCACGAGAUGGGGGCCAGCACCCCAGAGGCUCGACAGAGGCAGCAGAACUCUUCCCAACCAGACUACACUCGCUUAUCUCCUGCCAAGAUUGCCUUACGGAGGCACCUUAACCAAGACCCCAAUGCCUCUGCUCACCUGAGGGGAUCGGGCUUAAUGAUGAACAGGGAACUUGGAGGUGUGAAUUCCCCUCAUGGAGCCAAGCAGAACUGUCCCUCUCCCGGUGCAUCUGAUGUUCAGUGUAAUGGAAAAAUCUCUGACAGGGGCGGUAAGGAGAAGAGUCAAUCUGUUCAGGGUGACAGCAUCACCAGCCUUCCAAUCAGCAUCCCUCUGAGCACAGUCCAUCCCAGUAAAUUACCAGUCAGCAUCCCACUAGCCAGCGUGGUGCUGCCCAGUCGUGCUGAGAGACAUAGAAAUACUCCCAGCCCCUUGUCUCAAUCGGGUUUGACCAACGGAUAUUCAUGUAGCGCAGGCCUGAUGAAUGGAGGUCCACACCAUGAGGACCACAAUGGUGCUUCUUUAUCACCUCUUCCACACAGCAACAGUCCUCUGACAGGACCAACGGGUCGAGGUGGCCCCAUCCAGAGCCCCUCCUUGAGCACCGGAGGCGUGCUUCAGUAUGCCGACGGACCGCCACGGAUUCUCCCCGAAGAUGGAGCGGACCGCCAAGGUGGGGAUUCAGACACAGAGCUCCAAGAAAGGGAACUACGGAUGAAGAUUUUCUUCUCAUCUUCCCCCUCUUCAUCUUCGUGUUCCUCUUCAUCAGGCAGUGGAAACUGUGCGACUGGAGCAUCACGCCUCCAUCAUCAUGCUGGCUCAGCCAAGCAGGGAUACCACAGUAACCAUGGAAACCACCACCACCAGUCUCCCAGCACGCAGCACGCACACACUCCCACACAUACGUCAUCCUCCCACAGCUUCAGCUCUCAGGAGCGGUGUAGGCGUUGGAGGAGGAAACGCAGCUCCACAGGGGCAGCGGCGUCCAGCACCUCCCCGAAGAGACGCUCGUUUUCUGGGGUCGGCUCCAACAGCCACUCCUCUGGAUCGCCUCUCAACAUCAACUCCAUGGUGAACAACAUCAACCAGCCUCUGGAAAUCUCCGCCAUCUCUUCUCCAGAGGAGUCAAGCCGAAGCCCCCACGGUGCCGACCGGGACCAGCCCCCCAUCUUAAAGAGAGAGCGCCCCCUGGAGUUCAAUGGUAACGGUCGAUACUCGACCACCCCCAGCUCUGAUGACGAGGACUCAGGAUAUCCUCCGGACAGCUCCAGUUCCCGCAUCGAAAGGAAAAUAGCCACUAUAUCAUUGGAUAGCAGAGAUGGACAUAGACUGGUUGAUGGGGAACGAGGAAGGAAAUCUGGCAGCAGCAGUGGCAACAGCACAGGCAGCGAGGCUUCCUCAUCAUCCUUUUGCUCAAACAGCAAGUGGAAAUCGACCUUUUCACCCAUAUCAGACCCCAAGCAAAACAACUGUGACCUCAGUCAGGGGGGGUCCCCUUUCAGCAGUGGGGGGUCGAGCCGAAGCACAGACUCAGACUCGGACUACAAACAACAGAAUGGGAGGAAAGGGGGCGACGGGGAUUGCUCCAGCUACAUGACCCCUAACCCUUUCCUCAGUCAGGAGACAGGAGCGUGGGUCGCCACUAAUGGCUGCGGUGUCCAGGGAGGAACCGGUUCCGACCAGCGCCAGGUCCUCCAGAAGCAGAAGGGUCCACGUGACUGGGAGCUGAAGAACGGCAGCAGCAUGGCCAGUCAGAACCUCUUCAUCGCCGCCGCUGCCGCCAGCAGUGGUGGAGGCAUUCUGAGUGGGAAGGUUGGAGGCAAUCCCAGCGCAGUGUCCUCAACCACUGGGCCAUCUAUGGGGCAGUACCUGAGCUCCCAGUUUCCACUCACAGGGACCACGGUCCUUCAGUCCUUGUUCGGGGCCCAGACGGGUGUCUCAACUGUGAACGGGACCUCCAGGCUUGUAAACGGACAUCCUGCCCUGGGAAGCUUCUCCAGUGCAGGGUUGGCAGGUGGAGCAGCAGGAGGUAUUUUUCACCAUGUGGUUCCCUCAGCGUCCUCCCAUCAGUUUGGGGUGACACUGUCCACCUCUGGAGGCCUCGGCUCCCUGCUCAGUCACUCCUCCUCUUCCUCUGCCUCCUCCCAAUCCCAGCAGCGCACCACUCCUCCACCUGCCUCCACGCGCCUGACCUCUGUGUCCCAGUCUCUCUCGCUGUCCCAGGCCCAGCACAGCCGCACGCAGUCAGUCCUGCACAGCCCCUCUCUCUCGCUGCCCCCUCCACCACCCCUUCAUAGUCUCUCCUCCUCCUCUUUAGCCUCCACACACUCUGACAUCUCAUCGUGUUCUAAGUCUGACUCCCUCCACUCCUCGCGUCUCUCCCAGACUUCUCUCCAUCACCAGAGAAUACAGUUAUCUCUCUCGCUUUCCCUCACCACCUCCUCCACCACUUCAUCCUCUGUCCCCCCUGCUGCUUCUCCCUCCCCCUCCACCUCUUCGUCAUCCCGACCAUUCACAUCUCCCUGCUUUGUGGAUGACUUGGUUGCAGCGCUGCAUGACGCCACAGGGAAAGAUGGGGAACUUGUAAGCAGCAGCUCGACUUUGUUUGGGAUGUGCAAGGAUUCUGAUAACUCAUCCCUAUCAGUCCUGUUAGAACUCAGUGUAGGAAUACGAAGGAACAGCAGAAGAGGUGUGGAGGUUUUGGAUCCGGCGGCAGUGCUUGUAUCAGUGGAAGAUGAUGAAACCAUCAUGGCAACCUUUGACCUCCCUCAGUCCCCGUUUUUCAAGUUGAAACCAGUGCUGGUGUUGGCGUUUGAAAGCCCCCUCCCAGAUGGAGAGAUGGAGGUCACUUUCUCUAGUACUUCUCUCAGGCCAAACACACAGUCUGCUUGCAUUUCAGGGGGAACGAUGUACAUACUGCUAAAAGGAAAACCAUCUGAAGGAAACGUUGAACAGAAAUGGCAGGUUUCUCUUCAGGCAAAAUCCCCAAAUAUGAAACAAAACCUAAAAGAUGUUCUUAUGGGUGGAAAUACAGGAAGCAGCAUUCGCAUGAUUCCACUUCUGCUUUUUUCCGUAGAAACAGGAAGUGAUCGGAGGUCAAGUGAAUCAGUGGCCUCCUUCCAGACAUCAUCUGCCUCCUUCCUCUGUGAACUGAGGCGCUUCCUAGAUGCUGUCCUGCCUCAGCAACGCACCGAGCCCCCUCUAUUGCCGCUCGGCUCCCUGCAGUCCCUUCCUCCUCUGGCUCUCGGCUUAUCCACCAGCGAGGCCCUGUUGGCGGAAAUCAUUAACUCCUCUGCCCCCACUAUCUUUUCCUUCGCCAGCUGGAGCUCCUGCUUCCCGGUGCGUCCUGGACAGCUGGCCCUCUCCCCUGCCCUGCUGGAGCAGCUUGGUCAGAGGCUGGAGAAGAAUGAGCAGCAGAUAAAGGAGUUGAUACGGCAGGAAGCCAUACCACCCAGAUCAUCAGAGAAGCUGGAGAGACUCAGAGAGCUCAGUGCUUUUCAGAGGCAGGAACCUGCAGCAGAAGGAGAGAGCCAAUACUGCGCCUUCCUCCUCCUAAAGGCCCUGCAGACGGUGACCCAUGCAUACAACAUACAGGGAAAGCUGAGGGCCACCAGAGCAGGCCCUUCCACCAGGGGACCCAUCUGCGGGCUGGGUAGUCUCACAGUGUCCCUCGAACAGCUCCUCUUGGGCCCCCAGAGCGCCAACCUCAACAACUGCCGCGGCUCAUGUGCUUUCCCGUUAUCCAACGGCAACAACCACGCAGUCCUCCUGAACUAUCACAUCGAGAGGGGCAAUGUGAAUGAGCGGGGGCCCUGCUGCGUGCCAUUGACCUACGACCCCCUGGAGGUGAUAGACUGGAACGACGAGGGCAGCUUUCUCUCCAUCAAGCCGGAUAUGAUAGCCAAAGAGUGCGGCUGUCGCUAAAAGUUUGUGGCUUUCUGCAUGCAGGGUUUAUACAGUUAUGGUAAAUUCACAUUAUUUAAACAGAUAUGUAUGAUUCUUUCACAUAGAUGUUACAAUGUGCAUGUUUUAUUAUUCUUUCUGUCCUCAUAUGUAUA